AUGGCCGGCAGAGGUUAUGCACACAUGGCCAUGACUGACCAGCCCCCAAUCAAAGCUAAAGGAAAUCCGAACACCUCACCUGAAAAUGCCAAGAUUUCUGGUCAUGCUGUGCACGCAGGAGGAUUAUGCCAAACCAGCCUCUCACUAGACGGCGGCAAUUCAUUCAAGGUUCUCCGCAGCAUCAUCGGGGGCUGCCCAAGGGGCGAUGCAACCCAACUAGGAUUCAGACUGCCAGACGACACGCUGUCUUCUGACCAUGCGGUGCUCGGCUGGACGUGGUUCAACAAACUUGGAAAUCGGGAGAUGUACAUGAACUACGACAUCAUCAGCAUCGUAGGCGGAGGUGGACAUGACCAUGCGAACGUGGGUAAUGGAUGCAGGACGGUGGAUUCGAGAGACGUCAUGAUUCCGCAUCCGGGGCCGGAUGUGGAAGUCAACAAUUUCGAUGCUGUGCCGCCGAUUGGUGAGUGCGAAUCCGGGCCGGGAGCGACAGCGGGGUCCGAUUCGGGGCUAGGAUCGGGGAACGGGGGCAAUGGAGGCGGCGGUGGUAGCGGUAGGGGAGGAAUCUACAAGCCCGGCAGUGACUGGCCUGCAGACUUCAACCCGAAUUGCGGCAAAGUUGUGGCCGAUGAAUAG